UCACCUCUCUACUUCUCUUUCGUUCUAUCUUUUUCUUUUUGUUGUAUAUAAAUCUGCAUUUCCCUAUAAAGUACAUUGUAUUUUCCAGGUAUCGUUUUCAAAUAUAACUAUACAUUUUCUUGAAAUUACAGUAGAAGAAAAUAAGCUUAAUAUCUACAUGAACUGUGUGUUGGAAGCAGUAAUAAUCAUAAGUAUAGUAACAUUGAUUAUUAUUCAUAUUAAUUUUUCAUUAGUUGAUUAAUCAUUCUCUGAACCUUUUAAUUAAUUGAAUUUUGCUUCUACUAUCUAACUAUUGAUAAGCUUCCUUGUUUUCUUGCAGACGUUUCAUGAACUAGGUAACAUUCUAGGGUGUGAUGUGCUUCGUAAACCAUGGUUUUGGAUGAGAUAGAUGAUAUACGGCUUCUGCAAAUCAAAGAUAAUCCUGUUGCCUUGUUUCAGCAGCCACAAUGAAUCAGGGUGGCUAUAAUGAUAGUAUAGAAGUUGCCGGUAUUGUUCUCUACUAUUUCCUGGAAAACUCCUCCAAUGUUAGUUUUGCUUCCAGCCUUUGUAGCUUGAAAACACAGUUGUUAGCACCAAAGUGUUAUAGUGUAUAUGAUGAUGGGGAGCUUCAGACAGAUGGCAAUAAUUUUGGACGAGUAGAAGACAGAGCACUGGGUGAACAAGCACCGGUGGUCGAUGAGGCAAUUUUCCGGAAAAUAGGAGUGCAGUUGGCUGUAAUCGGUGAUAAACUGGCUGCUGAGAUUGAGCACCCAUUUGUGGACAACCUGGCAGAACACUUCAGGAUGGAAAAUGUGUCCAGUCAGGUGAUCACCAAGCACCUGUCUGACGCAGUGAAAAAGGUCGUGGCAAGAAUGCCUCCGGAAAUAGAAAAGGAAAAAGCCAUGUUAGUGGCCGCAAUGGUUUUGGCCAAGAAAGUAGCCAAUGUAGUCCCUGCGUCGCUGCAGCAGGUGUUCAACACAACAGUGAAUUAUAUCAACCAGAACCUCCACAAUUAUGUGAACCAUUUGGCACCUGAGAACUGAACAAAAGGGAUGCACAUCUGAAUGCAAGAACCAAUUUGUUUUUUUAAAAAGUUUUUAAAGAUUAAGAAAAAUCGUGUCAUUUUGGUAUUUUAAUUUUUUGAAUUUUUUAUCAACAGUCAUGUAUUUUCUACAUAGUUGAUUUGAGAUAUGAAUUGGCAGGCCUCCUUUUAUACUUGAAAUCUUGGGCCAUUUUUUAUGUCUCUUAUAGAAGCAAAGUGGUUUUUUUUUAUUCUCAGGAUUAUGGUGUUGAUGGCAUCUCUCCUUGAAAACAGGAAUAGAAGCUAAUGACCACCUUAAAAUACCAUUAGACAGUCUGUUCUUCCACUUGUUAUAUAAGUGAAUAGUUGAUGGAAUAUGCUUGAUUUAUAGUUGUGAAUUUUUUUAAAGAAAUGCAUGCUAUUCUGAUCCAUUUAUCUGCCAUUUAAAAAUUGCCAUAAUAUAAAGUCUUAAAAACUUAAAAUGUGUAUUGUUUUUCAUAUUUAAUAGCAUUAUGCACAAGCCAAAAAACAUUUGUGUUCUCAACUGAGGCUGAUUAUCUUUACUACAGAUUUUGUAGACAUAUUAGGAAAGGAAAUUGCCUAUUUACAAAUGACACCAAUACAGUAAAGGUCAAUUAUAAUAUUUAUAAUUCCUUCUGCUUUGUACAUUGCUGGAAUACAGAUUUUAAUUGGGGGGGGGGAUAAGUGAUAGCCAUUGUACAAUUUUUAAAGAUUUGAUGAAGGUCUCUGUAAUAAAGUUAGGAAUGAAGCUGGAAGUCAAAUUGUUUACACAUCAUUACAUUUUAUUGACUUGAAAAGUUUUUGACACUCAUUUAGACUGAUAGAUGUUUGAAAAGUAAUCUGAAAAACUCUAGCUUGUACUGGCAUGAACAAUGGCAUCUCACUGUUUAUUGGUUGAGACAUUGGGUCAUUUGAAUGAACAUAAUUCUAAAUAUUUAAAUAGAUGUGGCUCUCUUUUUUGUGUGCUUUGAUUUUUCAACUGUGCAGGCUUUCUGAUCCAAGCAUGGAUUAUGUCUGAGGAAAAACCAAUUUAUGGAAGGCUACUACAUUAUACAGUUGUUCUUUUUUUUACAGCUAAUAAAAUUUUAAAAUAGUAUGUUUUGCUCCAGCUAAUAAAAACCCACACACUUUUUCUUCAAAAUUUAACUUUAAUAAAAUACAAAUAAGGGCGUAGUUUUACUUGAGAUUAUUGGUCAAGCAAAAAUACACAUAAUCUUUUAUAAAGAGUAGGAACACUUGUUUUUAACACUGGAGGCAGUAUUUUUCAAUUCAUACAGUAAAAGCCUGUAACAGUAAGAUGGUGAUUAUGUCUGCCCUCCUCACCGUGUUUCUUAAAAUAGCUCCAGGGAAGUAAUUAUGGUCAUACAGCUUAAGGAAAUACUACUCUGCCUUAACACGUCCAAUGCUAGGAAGAAGCUUGUGCAUCCUCAUGAAACUUAGCCCAAAGUAAAAAUAGUACUGUAGCUCAAGAAGAAAUAAUCAAAUGGCUUAAUUUUUUAACUAGCAUGGGUUAUUUUAGGGCUCUAUGAAUUCUCGGGAAGGUUUUCAAGUCAUCAAUACAGGCAAAUCUCUUUUCCUGGAUCAAUGUACAAAUAAGGUCAGACAGGCAGCUUUCCAGCCAGAUUAAAAGUCACAAUGUGGAAAUGCUUCACGUAUGCACUAGCAGGUUCUGAAGCCUCUAUUUGUUAAAAUAAUUGCUCAGCUCCAGCUUAUUGUGCAAAACACUAAGCAAGCGUGACACUUAUUUUGCUUUCAAGAACUCUUGCAGGACAUCCACCGCAAGUAGUUCAGGAACCAAAAGUAUAUCCACAUGAAGGAAACGAGUAUUUCAGUAGGCAGCAAAACUUUUUGCUGCUUCCAUUUGCCAAUGGAAGCAGCAGGAAAGAGAAAGUGUAGUUUGCAGCAUUUAGUCCAACAUUGUAGAACUUCUAUUGCAGAAGUACAAACUAUUUUGAAGUGACAGUUACAUAACACCUAUUGAAAUCCUACUGGUAUACCUUAACUUUGUCUUCAUUUCACUAGCACUGGAAAGGAUAUGGUAAUGUUUUUACAGAAUUAAUGACUGCAGUUCCAAAAAAAAAAAAAAAA